AUGCGCCUACGGGGGGAAGGAGGCGGGGCCGCGACGCCCACUUCCUUCGGCGCUGGCGGCCCGGCGGAACGCCGGCGCGAGUCCAGUUCGCAGGAGGAGGAGGUCAUCGACGGCUUCGCCAUCGCCAGCUUCAGCACGCUGGAGGCCCUGGAGAAGGACAUGGCCCUGAAACCCCAUGAGCGCAAGGAGAAGUGGGAGCGUCGCCUGGUCAAGAAGCCCCGCGAGUCAGAGGGCUGCCCGACAGUGGCAGUGGCAGUGGUGGCUGCGGGGCCCAGCGAGAACGGGAGGCCCCUGGAGGCAGAUGGUCCUGCAAGGGACACAGAGCCCACCUGUGAGCGGGGCCUGAAGAAGGCUCCCUUGCAGCCCGCCCAGCAGAUAAAGGUCUCCGUGUCCAGAGGGGGUGGCCGCCACAGUGAUGAUGACAGCGUCCAAGAAGCCGCCAGCUCCCGACGCAGCAGUUCCAGGGACCGGCUCAGCGACAGCUCGGUGCAGGCUCUCUCAGGCAGAGGCUACUCGUGUGACAGUGAGAGCAGCGGGGACGAUCAGGCAUCUGUGAGCUCGGAGCAGCUCUUUGGCCCAGCAGCCGACACAGGCCCCAAACAGGGUGAGAAGCUUGAGGCCAAGGCCGGGGCACCACCCAAAGUCUCGGGCUUGGAGCGCAGCCGCGAGCUGAGCACCGGGCCACCCUUCCCGCCCUCGGCGCGCAGUCCCGCGCCCGCCGCCAGCCCCGCGCAGGGCGCCCCCGCCAGCCCCCUGGUCAAGAAGGAGGCCCCCGCCCCGGCACGCGCGCCCCUGCCGCCCUGCGCCCCGCUCCCGACGCACGUGCCUCUCCCUGCUGGCGCUCUCCCUGGCCCCAGCCCCAGCCAGGCGGCGCACCCGGGUUUGCACAAGCUCAGGAGCAGCAGCGCCGGCCUGGGGCUCGCCAAGCUCGCGUCCCUGGCGCCGGCCGGGCCGCGCCCGCACCUCUCUACCUCACACUCGGCGCUCCGCUCGCAGGCCCAGCACCAGCACCCCGCGGCGGCCAUGUUCGCCCCGCCUCCGACACUGCCCCAGCCGCCGGCACUGCCGGCCAACGGCCUGGUGCUCCCGGGACACCCCGCGGAUGCCAGCCUGCUGGUCCCGCUCAGCCCACCGGUCUCGCACUGCCAACCUCGCGCGGGGAUUCUGAUUGAUCACGAGCUGCUCAGGCAAGAGCUGAACGCGCGUUUUCUGGUCCAGAGCGCUGAGCGGCCCGGCGCCCCCCGGGGCCCCGGGGCUCUGCUGCGAGCGGAGUUCCACCAGCACCAACACACACACCAGCACACACACCAGCACCAACACACAUUCGCCCCCUUCCCUGCCGGGCUGCCCCCAACGCCGCUGGUGCCGCCCACCGCACCCCUGCCGUUUGAGAAGUUCACACCCAAGCUGGACAGUCCCUACUUCCGACAUUCCAGUUUCUUCCCGGCCUUCCCUCCGGCGUUCCCCGGACUACCUGCCCUGCUCCCACACCCGGGCCCCUUUGGGUCCCUGCAGGGCGCUUUCCAGCCCAAGCUCCACCUGUGCCCUGCACCUCUCCCCUCUCAGACCUCAAGCCCGAUCGAGGUGACAGGUCGGGCCAGCACCAUCCACACAUUGCUCCAGAAAGCCCCUGUGGUGCCUGACCCAUAUAGGACAGCAGCCGUCAGGAAGCCAGGGCGGUGGUGCGCUGUGCACGUGCAGAUCGCUUGGCAGACAUACCGCCAUCAGCAGAAGAUGAAGAUGCAGCUGGACCCACACAAGCUGGAGGUGGGUGCCAAGCUGGACCUGUUCAACAGGCCCCCUGUCCCUAGUGUGGUCACCAGCCUCCACUACCCGCAGGACCUAGCCAGGCCUCUCUUCUCCAGCUCCGGUACCACCCAUCCUGCCGUCACCCCAUUUGGGCCCUCCAUCCACCCCAGCAGCUUCUUGACUUCUGGCCGCCUGGCAGACCCCUUCGGCAGAUCCAGCACCUUCGGAGGCCUGGGCAGCCGGGGCAGCGGCGCCUUCGGAGGCCUGGGCAGCCCGGCACUAGCUCCAGGUGGCAGCCUCAUCGCCCCCAAGGAGAGCUCUGGGCUGCCCAGCCUACCCAGCCCCCAUGAGGCCUGGGACCGGCCUACCCGGGCAGCACCCUCCUUCCCCACGCCGCCACUGUGGCCCAAGCCCUUGGAUGCUGAGCGAGCUUCAGCCUUGACCAACCACGACCGGGAGCCUGACAAGUGCAGGGAGGAGCGGGAGCGGGACCUCCUGGAAAAGACUCUCCGGCUGAGUCGGGCCUCCCCAGGAAGCCACCCUCUGUUUCGAGGCCACGGAGUCCCCAUCGAGCGUGAGGCUGGGCCCCGUGUCAAGGAGAAUCACUCUCCGGCUGGGGAGGACAGAGGCAAGGGAGUGGCCUGUGAGCCUUCGCCUUCCACGCCAGGGGCCCUGGGCAACGGCCUGCGCCUGGCCAGCCUCCUGGCUGAGCGGCCCCAGAGUGACAUAAAAGUCAAAGAGGAGCGCUGGGAGGAUGGCGAAGUGCCAGAGCCCCCAGGAAGCGGCCUGUCUCCCGCACUCAGCCUGGGCCCGGCAGGCCUCGAGCGCCCUGUGGCGCCGGGUCGUGCCUGGGAGCUGCAGCUCGAUGCCUACCGAGGCCUGGGCCCCAUCGACCCCCGCGAGCGAGCCUACCGUGACCGCGAGCCCCUCGGCCACACAUCUCUGCUGAAGUGGAUUGGUGCUCAGGACAGGCGGUAA